AUGUCGGAAAACCAAAAACUAAAUUUUGAAGACUUUGAUUUCAAGAGUGCGAACAAGCCGAGCGCGGUUCCUAACGAACAGGAAAACUUGAGAAAAAUAAUAAGAGAAAGUGUUUACGGUGAGCAUGAACGUGAAAACGAUGACUCCGUUAGUAUAAAUGCUGUAAUACCAAAAAGUGCUUUGGAACGGACUAUUUUUGAUGCCAUGAAGAACGACAAACAAAGUAUCUUGCUGAUCAGACAGAAGAAAACAAGAUUGGCAGAGUUCGAUAAAAAGAUGAAGCGAAUAAAGCAAAUAAAGAGCAGGAAGUACCGCAAACAUCUUAAGAUGGCAAGAAAAAAUGGAGAGCAUGAUGUUAAAGUUCCGGAUUUUCUUCUUAAAAAUAUUGAAGAGGAGAAGAAAGACAAAGUGUUUUUCGACGAGGAGAUGAGCGAAAAAAUAGGAAAGGUGAUGGUACCGGAGGAAUUGGUUGAUUCUGAAUCAACGGACUCGGAGUGUGAAUUGUUUAAAAAUGACAGCUCGAUUGAAGACGAGCAUCUGGAGGUAUUUAGAAAGGAGAAGAUGGAACAUAUGCAAGAAAAUAUGCCAAAGAAAACGACUAUAGUACUACCCGGUUGGGGUUCGUGGGGAGGACAAGAUAUUGAAACCAAACAAACUCGUUUGAAUACUAUUUGUUCAUCAGAGGAGGGCAUAGCACCGAGGCGACGAAAGGACUUCAAAAUGGGACGUGUAAUUAUUAACGAGGAUGCUCUGAAAAACAAUAUUAAAAUUGAGCUGCCAUACGGCUAUAAAAAACUAGAAUAUGAAGCGCUUCUGAAUAUGCCUGUGGCAAAAGAAUCAAAUACGUUGAAGAUAUUUCAAAAGUUUUUGAAAUCAGGAGAGCAGCACCAAAAUGGUGAUAAGGCUUUUGAUACAUUCGAAUACGCAUCUAAAUAUGAUAAAGAACUGGGAUGAAGCUAUAUGCUUAUCAGAACCGGCAAUCUGAUGGGUCAAGCAAGCAAUAAACACUUCUUCCGGAGUUACAAUAGAACGUGCU